CCGACUUCAGCUCACUCGCUCAUGGACCGCAGCGCAGAGUUCGGCCGAUGGAAGGCGCAGAGUCUAAGCAAGGCGGACCUUAGCCGGAAGGGCAGUGUGGAUGAGGACGCGGUGGAGGUGGUAGAGCUCCUGAAUUCGCGGGAAGAGUUUUUCACCACCAGCUCCUGCGCGGGCCGCAUCCUCCUUCUGGACGGGAGCACAGAUGGGUCUGGAGUUCAGAAGCAGCACUGCUGCUGGCUGCUGGUCACACACGAACCUUGUGCGAAAGACGAUGUGAUGACAGCUCUGAAGGGUGCCACCAGGGAUGCUGUUUUGAAGUUUGAACCUUUUAUCCUCCAUGUGCAAUGCCGGACACUGCAGGACGCACAAACCCUGCACUCAGUGGCAGUUGAUUCUGGCUUCAGGAACUCGGGCAUCACUGUGGGAAAACGAGGGAAGAUCAUGCUGGCUGUCAGGAGCACACAUGGAUUGGAAGUCCCAUUAACCCACAAGGGAAAGCUGAUGGUGACAGAGGAAUAUGUUGAGUUCCUGUUAACUACAGCAAAUCAGAAAAUGGAAGAAAACAAGAAAAGAAUUGGAAGGUUUUAUAACUGCCUACAACAUGUUGUCAAAAGAGAAACCAUUUCAAACUCACAUUCCAAGAUCAAAGAGAAAAAUAACCCACUUUGUACUCAUAAGAAUAAGAGGAGCCCAAAAAAAGCACUCGACCCAUCUACUGCUGACGACGGUGGGAGGGAGCUCGACGGUGGGCAUGGCUUGGAAAUCAGCGCCACACUCUUCCUGGGCGAUGACUAAGGCUCGGCACAGCACCGUGUCUGGUACCCAGUGCUGCUGGAGAUGACUGAGACUCGGCACAGCACCGUGUCUGGUACCCAGUGCUGCUCUUUACAGGAGCAGCAGGGUUUGCCAAAGGCAUCAACCCUUCAGGAGGCAAGAACUCAUUUCUCUAUUCUAGAGAAACGUAAGUGUAAAUGGCUUUUCAGAGUAGCUUUGUGUAUGUUUGCUCUCUGAAGACUGCUGUUUAAAGCAUAUUAAGAGUCACUCUACAAAUAAACUUAAACCUUUU